GUCAAAAAAGCAAAUGCCGUAAAGUAGUCAGAAAUGUCAAACGCAUACUUUCGUGCGUAUUUGCCCAUAUCAAGGCAAUAUCUUGCCAACAGAUAUGUUCUUAGGAAAUUAAGUGUUUCAGCAAGGUGCUGCAAAGAGAAAAGUGCUGCACCAACAUCUGUGGAUAAAAGGAAGGGAGACAGCAGCAUAGACAUUCUUAGGGAUAAACCAUUCGCCUUUAUGUCACAGAUGCAAAAUAACCCAGACAAAUUUUCCUAUGAAAAAACAUUUUUUAACCCUUAUUCUGACAGAUGGAAAUAUGAACCUUAUGUUGUUUCAGUGUGUGCCGUUACUUUUCUUGUAUACUUCAUGUUCUUGAGAAAGAGCAGCUAUCUUGAUGAAGAGUUACAGAAGCCUUUGUUUGAGACUUUCCCGUCCCUGGAAAAGGAAACUCUGAAAGCCCUUGUGCAACAAAAUCAGCGUUCUGGCGUUAGUACGAAGAAGUAUGAGGCAAAACUGGAAGUGGUGGAACAAAAACUGGAUACAUUAAAACAGAACAACACAGAAAAAAAAUAGUCUCAAUUGUAUGUGUGCAAAGAUAGGUCAUCAUCUCUUAUGAGAAAGAAGUCAAUACACAUAAGUGAAAUGACUUCCUCAAGAAUUAUUUAUUAAAUAUUGAUGCACUAAAUUGUCUGAUAUAUAAUGUGAUGUAAUUUGGAUAACUAAAACGUGAACUGUUACUUGGGCAGCUUGAUAAUUAAACCUUUUAAACUAAUUAAGCCCUGCAUGCGUAUCGAUCUGAAAAUUGUUUUUGAUCCUUGUUUAGAAAUUUAUACAUACAGUGAAAACAAUAUUAUAUUACAAAAUAAUGUAAACUGAUGUACUGUCAGAUUGAUUUUCUGAUUAUAUAUUACCAACAUACAUUUAGAUUAAGUCUCUGGUUGGUGUUUUUUUAAUGAAAGUGAAUCACUUUUUGUCACUACAAAUACUGUUUCGAUUAAUUAUAAAAAUAUAAAUCAUGUUUGUUACAAAGAU